ACGCAUUUUGUAAUCGGUUUGUCUGCACGAGUCUUGCUGCUUUGCAACCAAUAAAUGUGAUUGUGAAAAAAAUACUUUCAAGUGAUUUUUAAUUAAAUACCAGUGAAAAUGUUCAAAAUAUUGGUUCAAAGUUUAGCAAAACACUCGUGCCAAAGCCGAGCACCGUCCCAAUUAGGCACAGUGGCGUGUGUGAAAAAUUCAUUGAUUUUGCCAGCCGCCAUUAGCCACUCGGCCACGAGUACUAUAUUACGACGCCAUUUUCUUUUCUCUUCAACCAACAGAAGACUAGUGAAUUUUGCUUUUUCCCAUCACGAACUGGUAGCAGGUAGCAGAAAAGACGUGACAUCGGAGUUAAAGCAGUUUAAGAAUUCAUUCUUAAAAAAUUUUAGUGGAAUAUUCAACAGCUCCGGAAGCUUUCACAGGCAUUUUCACAGCACAAGUAAAAAUUUAGUGGAAGCAGAGACGUCACCUGCAGAAAAGCAAAAAUCCACGGAAAAAGCCAGCAAUCAAACAACUUUUACAAAUUCAUCUUUGUACUUUGAUUCUGACGAAAUUGCAGCAUAUCAGACGUUGAAGUAGGUUUAGAGAAAGUCUCAUCUUGAUUUGUUCGUGGAUUUUGAGAAAAAUAUCAGAUGGAGUCAAGAAGGUAAGGACUGACACGUUAGCGAAGUGAAUAUUCGAGUUAGUAUUUAAAGUUUCUUUAGGGACUAAUUGUAGUAAUUACUUCUUUAUUUGAAACUGCGUAUUUCAUUUUCUAAUCUUUGUUACGAUUCACGAUGGUGUGUGUGUGGGUGUGUGUUGUUCAUUUGCUCUCCUUUUUUUUUCGUAUUUUUCAUUUCACCCUGUUGCCUAUUUCGUCUUCAAAUUAUAAAACCGGUUUUUUGUGUACUAGUAAAAGGGCAAUAUUGGGAAAUAGGGUGACGACAUAGUGUUUGCUUGAAGCGAAUUUACAUGGGGCGAUUUUACAAUAAACUCUUAGCUGAAUGCAACAUUUGCCUGGUCCACAUGGCCUUUCAACCAGAGUCCGAUUUCAAUUUCUUUUUAGUUACGAUGCCGAUUA